UAGUAUCAUCACCAGUUCUUCGCUGUCCUGUCUCCACCAGUUCUGAAAUCCAGGAACUGCUGUGCAGUCAGCAGCCAUGAAUCGGCUCGGUGUGCUGUUAAUUUUACCAGUUUUACUGGAAUCAGUGGUAUCCAUAUCUUUCUUUUUACCGGUCAACACAAGGAAAUGUCUACGGGAAGAGAUCCACAAAGAUGUGCUUGUAACAGGAGAGUAUGAAAUUAGUGAACAACAGAGCACGAAAACUAACCUGAAGAUCACGGAUUCCUCAGGCCACAUUCUUUAUUCUAAAGAAGAUGCCACGAAGGGAAAAUUCGCCUUCACCACAGAGGAUUACGACAUGUUUGAAGUUUGUUUUGAAAGCAAAUCCCCAAUGGGAACUGGGAGGGUCCCUGAUCAAUUGGUCAACUUGGACAUGAAGCAUGGUGUGGAGGCGAAGAAUUAUGAGGAGAUUGCCAAAGUGGAGAAGCUGAAACCAUUGGAGGUUGAGCUGAGGCGACUGGAAGAUCUGUCGGAGUCCAUUGUCAAUGAUUUUGCAUACAUGAAGAAAAGAGAGGAGGAGAUGAGGGAUACCAAUGAAUCCACCAACACGCGCGUCCUGUACUUCAGCAUAUUCUCCAUGUGCUGCUUGAUUGGGCUGGCCACCUGGCAGGUGUUCUACCUGCGCCGCUUUUUCAAGGCCAAGAAGCUCAUUGAGUAGAGUGAGACUGGUUUUGCUCAGGGGAUCCAAAUAUCCCUCCACAGCCCCCCCACAGCCCUCGCCCCCGGCGUCCCUUCCCCUGUGCCUGCUGCACCCCGCUCCUUGGCUGGAGGAACGUUCCAGCAGCUGAGGGCUGGAGAGAAGGAGAACUCUAGUUUCCAGGGGAACAGGAAUGCACUAUUGGUUGUUCUCCUACUGCAUAUUUUGGCGUUUUUUUUUUUUUUUUUUUCACUUUUUUUAUGUCUUCUUUUUUCUCCGCGCUAUGAUUCUAUUGUAGUAAGCCCUCAAACAUGUACACUCAUUUUAGUUAUUGCUACAGUUUUGACUGUUGGUGCAUAUUUGGUAUAAUUGAUAAGCUUGUUUUGUUUAGGCAAGAUGUUCUCUACAACUACUGAAUGUUUUUGUCUGACGACAGAUUAAGUAACUCCUAGGUUUGGGUUUGUUUUAAUCACUGUAAAUGAUUUGGGGCGCACAUUGGGUUUCUCUGAGGUAUGGGAUUGACUAUUCUGUGACAACAACUUCUACCACAAUCAAGUUUGAGUUGCUUGUAGUGAAAUUAUCCUUGACAAGACAGGAUAUUGUUUCCCCCCCCACCACCAUUUAGUACCAUGCCACGUAUUUGUAUGUUUGGUUAUUUGCGUUUUGAUAACAUUUGUAGCCUGUUCUAAGAGUUUACGUACCACAAUUUACUGGUAAUGGACAUGUUGAUAUGAAAAAUGCCUAUAUUUUCAGAGGUGUUGUUCCUUCCUGAAAUUUUAAUGCUUUUAGGAAACUGUACCCUGGAUAAAGUUUGGCAAGUCAUCCAUGCUCUUUCCUGAAGUAUUAGUUGAGACAUGUCAUGGAUAUAGGAUAAAUGUUACACCAUUCAAAUUAUUUCGGUUUUACUUUACAACAAAUUCCCUCCAAAGAUAAGGUAUAUGACAGCUUAUUGGUAUAUUUCCACUGAUGCACACAUCCCCAUUGUUUCUUGAAUUCUGUAAUUUGCAUUUUGAAUGUUGAAAAUGGGUUUUUCAUUCAAUAAAAAUUAAAAUGUGA